AUGAAUUUAGAAACAAACAGAGACGACCCUCCACGCCCAAACAGACCGGGGGAAAUCCCGACUCCUGCCCUCCGCGCUCACACCCGAUCCGCGUCUGCGUCCGCCGUCUCCGGUCCCUUCGCCCAAGCAAUCCGACAAAACCAAUACACGCUCGCUAACGAUACGAAUGUCCCCGUCCACCACGUAGGGCAUUCCUCGACCGAGAUCGGCCACUAUGGUCUGACAGCUGCUGGGCCUGCCACUCACACCCCUAAUUUCGGCAGCAGAACAGCCCACCUACCAUCGGUCGAUCUCAACGCAAAGGCGCGACUGAACUCGGCUGCCGCACAGCAAUUGCACCAGACCCGGUCUGGAGUGGGCAAGAGGUCCUCAGACGACGAGGCUGGGGCUCAGGACAAUAGUCAACCUUUUUCGAAGAAACAGCGCACACGGCUUCCACCCCCUGGCACCAUAGACCUCAGUACCUUCACCAAACCCGCGCUUCCCCAAAAGCUCGUCGCCGGCCUGACCUCGCCCCUGUUCUUCUCGCAUAAGCAGAGGCCGCCCAUCGAGAGGCCGCCCAGCUUCUCUGGGUCUCAGGCCACCACAAUGUUGAAGAGCGUUCGGGAGAGUGGAGAGGUGACAACUCUGAAGCUUGCGCGGGGCACCGUCAGUUCAGCAAGUCCCGCGAGAUCUUCAAGUACUCCCGGUAGCUGGUCCUCGAUCGAUGCUGUAAAUCAAACCCGAAGUCCUGAUACCCAGUCGUCCACUCCGGGAAUACAGGUGCUCCAAAGCAUAGGUAUCUUGGAGCUGUUGGAGCGUGACGACCGACCCACCUUCAUCGUCGAUGGCGCAAAUCCCGCCAACACGACUCCUGGGCCCUUUGCUGUUUUGUAUGCGAAUCCCGCCCUGCAUGUGUCUGAUGCUAUCCGCCACUUGAUCUUUGUGGAUUUUCAGGAUGACGCGGAUGCGAAGGGUGGCAAGGACCAGUUCUCCGGCUUCAAAAACUGGGUGAAGAGCGGCGGGGUGAAUGUGGACGGGCUGGAUGUUUUCAUGCCUGCAUACCAUUAUGGGGGUGUUGACUGGACCUGCUCUACUCUCAGGAACAGAUUCCGUUUCGUCAGUGCGAACAGGAGCGCAGCUUCCAUUGCGCGAACCUCACCCGAACCGUCACACGAGCGUGAACCCAGCGUCGAGUCCCGGAGUCGUGGGUUAACACCGAAUGCCCAGCCCAAAACGCCCAGUGACAUUGUAAUACCCGAUCGAGACUACUUCGGCAAUGUGGAGGACGACGGCCAACCUAGUGUCGGUAGCGACGCUGGAGAGCCGGUAUCAUUGCACCGCAGCACCGACUUCACGCCCUCUGUCACCUUGUCGUCCCCGCGACCUUCGUUCGACUGGACGCGGAUUCCUCUGACACCCGAUCUUCCCGAACAUGUUCGCUUCGCCCGCACAAGGGACUGGGCGUCGACGCCCCUUGGCCCCAUUGAGGACUGGUCCGCAGAAUUGCUAGCCAUGGCUAACAUGGUCAUGGGCAGUCCUCAUCCCGCAGCCAUGUAUUGGGGCCGAGAGUUCACGGCGAUAUACAACGAAGCCUAUGUCGCCAUGGCAGGGCAGAAACAUCCUAAACUCAUGGGCCAAAGCUACAAAGAGGCAUGGAAUGAGAUUUGGCCAGAGGUCGCCGCUGUCUUCGAGGGUGCCUGGGAAUCUGGCCAAGCUACCAUGAAGAACGAUGAUCGGCUCAUCUUGAAGAGGAAUGGUUUCAAUGAGGAGACUUUCUUCUCGUGGUCUAUUGUUCCGCUCGUUGGUGACGACGGUUCCGUUGUAGGCCUAUACAACCCGGCCUUUGAGAAUACUCGGCGGAAGGUGGCCGAGCGAAGAAUGCACACCUUGCGCGAAGUCGGCGAGAAGACCGCGCUGGCCCGCGAGGUCAAGGGCUUCUGGACUCUGGUCCACGAAGGACUGGAAUACAACGAGGACGACGUCCCAUUCAACUUGGUAUACUCUGUCACAGAAGAUCCCGAGAGCGACGUGUCGUCUAUGCACUCGGGCAGCUUUGUAAACCCGCCACAUCUGAUCCUCGAGGCUUCCGUCGGCGUACCACAGGGACACCAGUGUCUAGUUUCUGCCUUGGAUCUGAGAACCAGCAACGAGGGCUUCGCUCCGUAUAUGCGAGAAUCAAUGUCCAAUUCGGGAAGACCAGUCAUUCUGUCAGCGGAGAAAGGGACGUUACCGGAAGGUCUGAUGGAUGGGUUCGAGUGGCGAGGUGGCGGCGAACCAUGCCACUCGAUCGUUAUCUUCCCAGUCCACCCCACGACCGGCAGCGAAAGCGUGGUUGGCUUCAUCGUCAUGGGCGUCAAUCCCAGGCGACCCUUUGACGAAGACUACGAGCUUUUCGUCAACUUGUUGUCGAGACAGCUGGCUACAUCGUUGGCAUCCGUGGUUCUUUUCGAAGAGGAGAUACGCCGCGGACAGAAGGCGGCGCAGAUGGCAGCCGCUGAUCGGCAAGAGUUGACCAAGCAACUCCACAUCCGAACCCAGGAGGUGGAGGAGAGCGAACUCAAAUUCACGCGGAUGGCCGAGUUUGCUCCAGUGGGUAUGUUCAUAGCCAACCAUAUGGGUCACAUCACAUACUGUAACGAUAUGUGGUGGGAUAUAUCGAGGCACAACAGAUCACAUAGCGUCAACAACUGGAUGCAAAGCGUGAAAGACGAAGACAGGCCUGCAUUAGAGAAGGUGUGGCAUCAUCUGAUCACGGAGAAGGUCGCCAUAACUCAUGAGUUCAGAUUUAAAUGUUCUCGCCAUGAAGGCGAAACGGUGAUCGACACUUGGGUGCUGAUGAGUGCCUAUCCGGAGAGGAAUGUCAACGGCGGCAUAAAAGGAAUUUUUGGAUGCAUCACGAACAUUUCGCAGCAGAAAUUGGCCGAGCAGAUCCAAAUGCACCGCCGCGAGGAAGCCGUCGAGCUCAAACGCCAGCAGGAAAAUUUCAUCGAUAUAACAAGUCACGAAAUGCGCAAUCCACUCAGCGCCAUUCUCCAAUGUGCGGACGAAAUUGCUAAUACUCUGACAUUCUACAGCACUUCCAGCGAGUGGACAGAGAAGAGCGAGAACCUGAGACUUGCCUUGGAAGCGUGUCUCGAAGCGGCCAACACGAUCACGCUUUGUGCAAGCCAUCAGAAGCGGAUAGUCGACGAUAUUUUGACACUCUCCAAACUAGACUCCCAGCUGCUCCUGGUCACCCCUGUCGAAGUGCAGCCACUGGCGGUGGUGCAGAGGGUUCUCAAGAUGUUUGAGGGCGAGCUGAACACGAAUGGCAUUGAGAUGAAGUUCCAAGUCAAGAACCGCUACCUCGAUAUGGGUAUUGACUGGGUCAAACUAGAUCCUUCGCGACUCUUGCAGGUGCUGAUCAAUCUGAUGACCAACGCUAUCAAGUUCACCCAAGCAUGUGCUCAGCGGUCUAUCAUCGUUACUCUCGAUGCGUCCAAGGAAAUUUCCGAGCGAACCGACUCGGAGAUCUUGUACUUCCAGAGCGACAGAGCCGACAAGGACGACUUGACGGACCACCCUGAUUGGGGAGACGGCGAGAAAAUCAAUCUCCAUUUUUCCGUCCAGGACACCGGCCGGGGCUUGGAUGAGCAUGAGAGAAAGCUCCUAUUCCAGCGCUUCUCACAGGCCUCACCCCGCACUCACGUUCAGUACGGUGGAUCCGGAUUGGGUCUAUUCAUUUCCAGGAUCUUGACUGAACUGCAGGGCGGCCAGAUCGGUGUGACCUCGCAAAAGGGCGUCGGCAGCACCUUCUCUUUCUACCUCCAGAGCCGCAAGACAAGCUGUCCAUCUUCCGAUAUCAAGACACUGCCAAGUGCACCACCCCUUACCCGCGCUCCAGGGUCAUCUACCACGAUUGAGACGCGACAUCCAAAGUCCACGGCCCGCGAGGCUCUGAGCCGCACCACCAAGACCGUGGCUCCCUCCAAACCGAGGUUUUCGGAAGAUGGGCGCCGCCUAUUUGACGUCCUCAUCGUGGAAGACAACAUUGUGAAUCAGAAAGUGCUCCAACGGUCGCUUCGCACCGUUGGGAACAACACCAAGGUCGCAAAUCACGGAGGGGAAGCUUUAGAAGUUCUGAAGGAAUCGCGGUUCUGGCAUGGGAACGAAGAGACGGGCGACGACAUCUCGAUAAUCCUGAUGGAUUUGGAGAUGCCAGUCAUGGACGGCAUGACCUGCGCCCGAAAGAUCCGCCAACUAGAGCGAGAAGGGACGCUGGUUAGUCAUAUUCCAAUUAUUGCUGUCACGGCAUAUGCUCGGCCUGAGCAGAUUGAAGAUGCCAAAGCCGCAGGUGUUGACGACGUCAUCUCCAAACCGUUCCGCAUGCCCGAGCUCAUUCCUAGAAUGGAGCAACUAGUCGACCUAACCACACCAUACUCGGAAACUACGGGGGUAUGA